UAAACACCUCUUUUGAAGUCUGCCACAGAGAAGAAGAUAAGAGCUUCCCCACAGAAACACAAACAGCAGCAGCAGCAGCUUCCACUUGCACGCGCAUAUACAUGAUAUUUAUUACCAGAUCAUUAGAAUAGAUCUAGAAAGAAAGAGAGUGGUUUUUUGUUUCUCCAAUGGAUAAAAGCUGUCAAUCAUCUGGUGAUCCUACAAUCACCAGUGGUAAUAGCAGCACUCACAACACCGCCAUCGACAACAACAGAGAUCACUAUCUCAAACACCUCAACAAACUCUCUCACAAGAUCUCCAAACCCCCAAUCACCACCACCACCGCAAAUAUAAAAAAGGGCCCCUUCGAUCAACCCUGUCAGCAGCAAUCACAAACGCAACUAUCUCAGCCAUCAUCACUACAGCAACAAAAUCAAAAUCUGCAGGGGCAUCAGCAGCAGCAGCAUCAGCAUCAACCGCCUGUUUACAAUAUAAACAAGAAUGAUUUCCGUGACAUGGUACAAAAACUAACAGGAUCUCCAGCUCAUGAGAGAUUCUCCACACCUCCACCCAUACACCCACCCAAACCUCAAAGCUCUCGCUUACAACGUAUUCGUCCUCCGCCCUUGGCUCACGUUAGCAACCGCCCUCCUCCUUCGCUGAACAGCACCAUCCCACCUCCUCAACAACCACCCAUGCCCACCGUACCAAACCCUAACCCCUCCGCCUCUGCCACAAACAGUUUCAUCCAACGGUCAACGGCACCUCUCUCCCCGUUACCGCCAUUCCCGGCUGUUCACGCGGCGGCGGAAUCGCCUGUUUCUGCUUACAUGCGGUACCUCCAGAACACGAUCUCUGCUGUUGAUUCUAGCAAGCAGUUCUCGGGAUUCUCGCCGCUGGCCCCGUUGGUUUCACCUCGAUGGAACAAUCUGAUGGCUCCACAGCAGCAAUUUGCCAUGCCACCCCCGCAACAAGUAAUGAACCCCUCGCAGUCAGCAGGGAUGGUCGCACCACAGCCGCAGUUUCAAUUGCCAACGUCACCGCUGCCAUUUGGAUGCAUGAACUCUCCGCGGUCUCCUUAUCCUCUGCUUUCCCCGAGUUUGUUGCUUUCGCCAUCUUCAUUUCCUCUCUCACCAACAGUGCCCGUUACUAGCCCUAGAUGGAGAGGUCUUUGAAAGUUCAAUUAAUUUUAUUCUUCUCCAGGAGUAGAAAAAAAUGCUUGUGGUGGCAAGAUUUGCUGAAGGAAUAGUUUUGACAGGUUAAUAUUCUAUGAUACCACCAACCAGACGUAUAGGAGUUUGAAUUUUAUAUGGAAAUGUAAUAUGAUCACAGUAGGCAACACAUCUUGGAAUUCUUGUCGAGAUUAAUCAGAUACAGGGGUGGGGUGUUUCAUCUUGUACCACCCUUUUGGAUUGACUUUUGUGUUUUUGAUUUAAGGAACAUCAAGGGGACCUGCAGGAUUCUGAUGUGUGCUGGGUUCAUUGAUGGCAAGAAUUUUUUUUGUUUUUUUGACUUUUCCUCCCACCCAAUUGUUCCUUGUUUGCUUGGAUGCUUGUGGAAUCUGAAUCACCUAUAGACUAGAAGUUUCAGUUGUGAAGAAUUAUUUAUGAUCAUCUUUAGGCUUUAUUGAUCUCCUACUGAGUGUAGAAAGAAGGGGCAAAAAAUUACAGAAGGAGAAGGGGUAUGGGUGAUACAAAUUGACUAGUGGGAACCCCUAUUUAUGGAUUUGACUCGUGCCAAAAUCUGAUAGACCAGCAUGCUUCUCCUGCUCUUGCUUUUCUUGGCAGAGCAAUUGACUUCCAGGAUGCAUUUAACCCUUUGUCCACACUCCACAGCUUAGCAAUUGAACCAAUAGUGAGUCAAAUGAUUCCAUUCUCAUCUUCUAUUAGAUCCAUAUGUGCCUUUCUUUUCCCAUUUCUACAACUUCAUCAGAGUAAUUGUGGCGAUCUUUGUGCGAUUUGGUAAAGAAGGUUUGCACGAAUGCUUUUGGACUUGUAAAAAUUUGGUUGUUUUUUUAAAUUAUCCUCCCUAUCCAACUGCCCUCAAACUUUCUUUAUCUUUAAACCAUGUCACUUUCCCUUAUGCAUUGCAAUUCUUUUUGGGAUCAUGAUCUCUUAAUUUAUGCAUCACAAGUGAAUCUAGAAACACUCUGAAUUAAACGGA